AUGCAUCCUGACUUAUCUCCACACUUGCAUACUGAAGAAUGCAACGUCUUGAUUAACUUGCUUAAGGAAUGUCACAAAAAUCACAGCAUUCUGAAAUUUUUUGGUCAUUGCAAUGAUCUUGAUCGGGAGAUGAGAAAAUGCUUGAAGAAUGAGUACAUGGAAAAGAGGAACAAGAGCAGGGAGCGUGGCAACGCAAUGCGAAAGAGACUUUUUAAUCCUCCAGAGGAAUCUGAAAAAUAGAUCAUAUUUUCACUGGAUGCCUUGGCUGAGAGAAGACCCAAAGACUCUUGGGUGGUAGCUGAAGGAAUCCCGUUGCAUUUGGUCUCCAGAAUCCUUUGAAUGGAAAGUGACCCAUGAGAAAUCGAGCCUUGGAGAAGUAUGGAAGCCCUGGAUCCGGAAUGUUGGUUGGGCAGAGCUGUUAGAACUCUCUCUCCUCUUCCAGCGCACCUGAGACUUCUAACGUGUUUGUUCCCUUUGCCUGUGGCCCGUUGACAUUU